AUACUCUUUCCUGCAUCUCUCCUAGGAGCAGGCCAGCCUAAAGUUACUUUGCCGCUUUCCCAACUCCUCUUCCGUUCCGUUCUUUGAUUAGCCCACGUGGUUAUGAGGUGUCCCGGUCCUCGCUCCGGGGAUUGGUUCCUGAGUGGGAAGGGGCGGGGCAGCGCACAAUUUCCCCCUUACCUCCUCAUCAUGUGACUGUUGUGUGUGCGAGAGGGAAGGCGAGAGCGGGGAGUCUGUUUGUGUUGCGGCGGCCGGCGAAUGGGGGAGUCAGUCCCUCUGGGUGCGCCUGUGCCGGUGGAGCAGGCAGUGCUGGAGACCUUCUUCUCUCACUUAGGUAUCUUUUCCUACGACAAGGCCAAGGACAAUGUGGAGAAGGAACGCGAAGCAAACAAGAGCGCCGGGGCCAGCUGGCUUUCGCUCCUGGCCGGGCUGGCCCACCUGGCUGCGGCGGAGAAGGCCUAUCACAGCAUGACCUUCUUGGGCCAGAAAUUAGGUGGGCAGUCAUUCUUCAGCCGAAAGGAUUCCAUACGCACUAUCUACACUUCUCUGCAUAAUGAAUUGAAGAAGGUGGUAGCAACAGGUCGAAAUGCAUUGGGAGGAACAGCCCCUCACCUGGAAGAACUGCUCUCUCACCUCUCUGAGCAGCUCUGUUUUUUUGUUCAGGCUCGGAUGGAAGUUGCUGACUUUUAUGAAAAAAUGUACAGCCUUAGCACUCAGAAGUUUAUCAACUCUGAGGAACUUAUAAACAUCUUGGAAACCAUAUUAAAGAAAUAUAGUUCAAGGUUUCAUCAUCCAAUUCUUAGUCCUCUUGAAAGCAAUUUCCAGUUAGAAGCGGAUGUGCUUACCCAUCUUUUGAAGGCUCAGGCACAGAUCUCAGAGUGGAAAUUUCUCCCAUCCUUGGUCAACUUGCACAAUGCUCACACAAAGUUACAAACAUGGGGACAGAUCUUUGAGAAGCAGCGAGAAACCAAGAAACAUCUGUUUGGUGGCCAAUCUCAGAAGGCUGUGCAGCCUCCACAUCUUUUCCUUUGGUUAAUGAAGCUCAAAAAUAGUCUUCUUGCAAAGUUUAGCUUUUAUUUUCAUGAAGCCCUUAGUCGGCAAACAACUCCAUCUGAAAUGAAAACUUUGACAGCAAAAGCCAAUCCUGACUAUUUUGGGAAAAUUUCUAGCUUCAUCAGAAAAUAUGAUGCUGUUAAUAUUUCCUUAAUCUUUGACAACCGAGGGUCAGAGAGCUUCCAGGGACAUGGUUAUCAUCAUCCUCAUUCCUAUCGGGAAGCCCCAAAGGGUGUAGAUCAAUAUCCAGCAGUAGUCUCUCUGCCCAGUGAUAGGCCUGUGAUGCAUUGGCCCAAUGUCAUUAUGAUUAUGACUGAUAGAACCUCUGACCUUAACAGUUUGGAAAAGGUGGUCCAUUUCUAUGAUGACAAAGUUCAGAGCACAUACUUUCUGACCCGUCCUGAGCCUCACUUUACCAUUGUAGUUAUUUUUGAAUCCAAGAAGUCAGAGAGAGAUUCUCAUUUCAUUUCUUUUCUCAAUGAAAUUUCACAUUCCCUUAAAAACUCUAAAGCUUUUGCAAGUCUGAAGCCUGGAUCCAAAGGAUGAAUAACUGCUACUGUUAAAACAGUAUACCAGACUGCAAGGAAAUGUGUUCCAUCUGUUUUGUGUGUGUCUUUUUUCUUUUUUAAAUAUUUAAUGUUUAGUAUUAAUAUUUAAUAUUAAGCAUUUUUGGAAUGAACAGCCAGAAUGACUUAUACAAAGGUCAAUGAAAAAGUGAAAUGAAAACUAUUUAAACACAGUGCACUAAAAUCAGAAUUGUGUUUUGCUCAACUACUGUAUUUUUAAAAUCCAUGACACUUUGAUGUGCUUAUCUAAAUGGAAUAUAUGCACUUUAUCUUUUUGCUGGUCACACACUUAUAAUCUGUUGAAUGGAUUUUUCCUCAGAACUCCUUCCUUCUGUUUUCAACAGUACUGCUCAGUCAUACCCACUGGAAAAUGUUAGAGCUCUUAACUAAUUGCAAUAAAUGCAUCGUGCAGAA